AUGCGCCCUCUAACAGAUACCGAGACGAAGACUCUCUUCGAGAAGCUCGCUAACUACACCGGCCGUUCCCUGAACAAUCUCCUCACCGACACGGCAACCACACCAAACUCAAAGAUACCCGAUCGAUUCGUUUUCCGCAUUCAGAAGGAUCGCGUCUAUUAUGUCCGUGAAUCGCUAGCAAACCUCGCCACGUCCGUCGCACGCGAUAAUCUGCUCUCAUUGGGAACCUGCCUCGGGAAAUUCACCAAGACAGGAAAAUUCCGUCUGCACAUCACCGCCUUGGAGGUGAUUGCACCGCACGCGAGAUACAAGGUCUGGGUGAAGGCCAAUGGAGAAAUGCCCUUUUUGUACGGAGGUCAUGUAGUGAAAGCGCAUGUUGGACGUUGGAGUGAGGAUGCGCCGGAACAUGCUGGAGUCAUCGUCAUGAGCAUGAAUGACACGCCAUUGGGAUUCGGAGUCACUGCACGAUCGACCGCUGAGGCUAGGAAACUCGAUCCGACUGGUAUCGUGACCUUCAGACAGGCAGAUGUUGGCGAAUAUUUGCGAGAGGAAGACACCCUGUUUACGACCUGA